UUAACGAGGCUCUGUUUGUCUAUUGGGGGUGGGUGGGUCGGUGUGUGUGCGUGUGUAUGUUUGUGUGGGUGUGUGCAUUCCCAAGAUCAUCAUCACUUAAAGUAAAUGUUAAUUUAAGCGUUUGGUUCUCAGAUCCAUUAACGAAUCGCCUGUCAGUUGUCUCGUUAACUCGUUCGGUUCAUCCAUAACUUACUUGCCGGCUUUCUGUGCCGUCCUGAGCGGUGACGUCUCCGGGUCCACGUCUCAGACCUGGUCUCACCUCCAUGCUCCUCCCGGGUCCAGGAGGGAACCUCCUCAUGCUCCUCACUCCGCGUCUCCCCCCACGAAGAGGGUCGCGCUGAACCUAACGGGACGUUUCACCCUCUCAUCCUCAUCCUCUCAUCGUUUUAUUAUCGCCACGUUGCGCUCUGAGUCGUGAGGUUUUAUUAACGUCAGCGUCGCGUCGCGGUGAAGCCCACUGGAGUCUGACAAUCAGGAGGUCCAUGGACCAGAACCUGCAGGAGCUCAGAGGAGGCCAUGGAGAGAGUCCACCACACCUGCACCCUGCACCUCCUCCUCCUCACCGUCUUCCCCCUCUGCUGCCAGGCCAGCUGGAUGUGGCUCGGGCUCAGCUCGGCGGGUGUUGCCGAGCAGCGGGGCUGCUCCGACCUGCCGUUUUCCCGCGAGCAGAAGGAGCUGUGCCGAAAGCGACCGUUCAUCCUUCCCGCCGUGCAGGCCGGCGCGCGCCUCGGCCUCGCCGAGUGCCAGUCGCAGUUCAAGCACGAGCGCUGGAACUGCACGAUCUCUAAAGACUUCUCUGUGUUCGGUUACGAGCUAACGAGCGGCACCAAGGAGUCCGCCUUCAUCCACGCAGUGAUGGCCGCGGGGCUGGUCCACGCCAUCACGCGUGCCUGUAGCCAGGGCGCCAUCGCCGAGUGUGGCUGCGACGCCAGCCUGCAGGGCCCGGGUUCUCCACAAGGGAACCUGCAAGGCCCGGGUUCCUCUGCUGGUCUGCAGGACCCGGGUUCUCCACCGGGGAACCUGCAGGGCCUGGGUUCUCCGUCACGGAACCUGAAGGGCCGGGGUUCCACCACUGGGAACCUGCCGUCUCUGGGUUCCACCAUGGGAAACCUGCAGUCCCUGGGUUCCACCGCGGGGAGCCUGCCGUCCCUGGGUUCCACCAUGGGGAACCUGCAGUCUCUGGGUUCUACCGCUGGGAACCUGCCCUCUCUGGGUUCCCCCCUGGAGGGCUGGCACUGGGGCGGCUGCUCGGACCACACCCGCUUCGCCACCUGGUUCAGCCGCCAGUUCCUCGACGGCCCCCCGGGAAACACCUCGUUGCCACGGGCAACGAGCCCCGCCCUGCUGGCUGUAAACCAACACAACACCGACGCCGGACGGCAGGCCGUCGAAAGAACCAUGGUGACGGACUGCCGUUGCCACGGCGUGUCCGGUUCCUGCGCUGUGAAGACCUGCUGGCGGUCCCUGGCCCCGUUCGAGCGUGUGGGGGCGGUUCUGAAGGAACGCUUCGAGAACAGCGUGGAGGUCCUGCAGCGCUUUGCCCGGCAGAAGGUCCGCCGCAAGGACAAGGUGAGCCGCCGCGUGCCGCUGGAGCGCGACCGCCUCCUCUACCUCGACAAGUCGCCCAACUACUGCCUGGAGGACCCGGGGCGCGGCAGCCUUGGCACCCGGGGCCGGACCUGCAGCCGGACCUCCCGCGGGGCGGACGGCUGCGGCCUGCUGUGCUGCGGGCGCGGCUACAACACCAGGGUGGUGCGGCACGUCACGCGCUGCGCCUGCAAGUUCGUGUGGUGCUGCUACGUGCGCUGCCGUCGCUGCGAGAGCGUGACGGACAUACACACCUGUAAAUGACUGACAUCCACACCUGUAAAUGAGCACCUGUAAAUGACCGACAUACACACCUGUAAACAACUACCUGUAAAUGACCGACAUACACACCUGUAAACAACUACCUGUAAAUGACCGACAUACAAACCUGUAAACAACCACCUGUAAAUGGCCGAUCGAAACACCUGUAAAUGACCGACAUGCACACCUGUAAAUUACUCAUGCACGCACCUGGAAAACGACCGACACACACACCUGUAGAUAACCUAAUACACUCCUUUAGAUAACCUCACACACACACCCCUGUAAAUAAAGGGACCCUUCGCUGCCUCUCUCCUCUCAGCCCUCUAACUCAUUUCAAACAAGGUCAGCAAAACAAAGACACGUUUUGCAAAGGAUUUUAAGACCGAGGCUUGAAAGCUACCUUUCCCACCUGUCGUUAGACAGGUAUCAAGCCUCUGGAGCGAUAAAUAACGGAUCAUGGUCUUUAUUGGAGAGAGUGGGAGACGAUAUGCACAAGCCGAAAAACAAUGCAUUAGCAGCGACCGGCCAUGUGUGACGCCGGGGUUAGGACGUAUGUUAUGGGAUUCACAACCGGGAAGAUGAAUGUGUGAACCCAUGACUCAUGGACUCACAGGGACAGAGUAAGAGGACUUUGCGAGCUAACCGUGUGUGACAGGAAGUGACUAAGUGAAAGGCCUGUGCUUCCCUAGGAUGUCCUGGUCUGUGUUUAGGAAUGUUGUGGCAAUUUUAUAAAUUGUAUAUUUUUUCACUUUUCCCUUUCCAUGUUCAGGGUCAGUCGUUUUAAAAUCCGCCUUGAUGUGCAGUUAUUAAAAUCUAUUUAAUUGAUGGUAUCCUUUAUCAAAAUUGUAAAAACAACAACAAAAACAUGUAUUCAGUGAUCCCGUGGUUUAAAGGUU